AUGCUCCCGAAUGGAGUUUUCAAGAAUUGCGUGGCUCUUCACAGCGCAAUAGAGUCUCGUUCUUUAGAAAUUGUGAAAUACUUCGUUGACGAUUGUGGAGCUGAUAUAUAUUGUAAAGAUGAGUCAGGCAACACAACUUUACAUCAUGCUGUUGCUAUUGGUGCGAUGGAUAUUAUCAAAUAUUUGGUUGAACAAUGUGGUGCUGAUGUAAAUACCAAGGAUGCCAAUGGAAAGACAGUUCUACACAUUGCUGUUACCAAUAAACUGCUAAAUAUUGUCAAAUAUUUGGUUGAAAAAGGCGUUGAUGUAAAUGUAAAGCGCCCGGAUAGGUUUGCAGCUGUCUCCGCUGCAAUUGUUUCUGGUAAGUUAGACAUUGUGAGGUAUCUAUUUGAGCGGGGCGCUGAUGAAAAUGGCAGGCAUCCGAAUGCAUGGACAGCUCUUUACACUGCUAUUGAUGUUGGUAAAUUGGACAUCGUGAGAUAUCUAGUUGAGAAGUGCGCUGAUGUGAAUGGCAAGAAUCCUGACAGGUGGACAGCUCUUUCCGCUGCAAUUGAUUCUGGUAAGACAGACAUAUUCAGAUAUCUAUUCGAGCGAGACGCUGAUGAAAAAGGCAAGCAUCCUGAUUCGUGGACAGCUCUAUACACUGCUAUUAGAAUUGGUGAACUAGACAUAGUGAGAUAUCUAAUUGAGCAAGGCAGUGAUGUUGAUGGCAAGCAUCCUGACGCGGAGAGGGCUCUUUAUACUGCUAUUGAUCUUGGUAAACUAGAGUUUGUGAGAUAUCUAAUUGAUCAGUGCGCUGAUGCGAUUGAAAGUGGCUCUCGUUGGCGAGAAACGGCUCUUUGCACUGCUGUUGUUGGUGGUAAAUAUGACAUCGUGAGGUAUCUACUUGAGCAGGACGCUGACGUAAAUGAGGAGCAACCGGAUAGAUGGGCAGUUCUCUGCACUGCAAUUGUUUCUGGAAAAUUAGAAAUUGUGAAAUAUCUAUUUGAGCGUGACGCUGGUGAAAAUAGGAAACACCCGGACAUGUGGACAGCUCUUUACACUGCUAUUGACGUUGGUAAAUUAGAUAUUGUAAGAUAUCUAGUGGCGGAGAGUGCUGAUGUAAAUGGUAAACUUACUAAAAGGUGGGAAGCUCUUUCUGCUGCAAUCUCAUCUGGUAAAUUAGACAUUGUGAGAUAUCUUUUUGAGCGGGAAGUUGAUGAAAAUGGAAAACAUCCGGACGCAUGGACAGCUCUUUGCACUGCUAUCAAAAUUGGUGGAUUGGACAUUGUGAGAUAUUUAGUUGAGCAGGGCGCUGAUGUGAAUCCUGACACGUGGAAAACUCUUUCUGCCGCCAUUUCUUUUGGCAAAUUAGACAUUGUGAAAUAUCUAUUCGAGCGGGAGAUUGACGAAAAUGGCAAGCAUCCUGAUGCGUGGACAGCUCUUUGCACAGCUAUCGAUGUUGGUGAAUUAGACAUUGUAAGAUAUUUAGUCGAGAAAGGCGCUGAUUUAAUUAGUAAUGACCUUGCCGGUUCGACAGCUCUUUUCACUGCCGUUGUUGGCGGUGAUAUGAACAUUAUAAGACACUUAGUCGAGAAGGGCGCUGAUGUGAAUAUCAAAGGAACUGAUGGACGAACAGUCUUGCACGCUGCUGUCAAUGCUGGUGCACUAGAAAUUGUAAACUAUUUAGUUGCACAGGGUGCUGAUAUUACUCUGAAAAGUGAAGUUGACGAUCAUAGUCUUGGCAUUCACAUCUUGAAGAUGGCUGUGGUAAAGAAUUCGGUUAUUUUGGUCAAUCGCCUUUUAGACCAGGGCAUAGAUGUAUGGAGAGCUGGGACAUUUUUCGUUGAAGGAAGGCAAAUGAGUCUUCUUCAAUGGAGUAUUCAUCUUGGUCAUGAUGAAAUUGCAACUAUCCUAAAAAGGUCCAUAAAACAUCGUAAGAAAAUUCAGAUGUUGAAAACAAUUAAUUGCAGCCAGUUAAAGGCUGAAAUACCGAUGCAGGCUUUUAUCGCAAGCACACAAUUCAAGAUUGGCGAUGGUGGAUUCUCGUGUGUCUAUGUUGGUAUCCUGAAGGAUGGAAGUGAAGUUGCUGUUAAGAGAAUUUUAGUUCAAAGUGAGGAUAAAACAGCCGAAAACGAGAAGGAAAUUAUGAGUCUUUUUAAAACGAAUGACUCUUCAUUUACUGUAAGCUAUCGGCACUUUUACCGUGAUGAUACCUUCAUGUAUCUCAUUAUUGAUCUUUGCGAAGAAACUUUGAGAGAACUUGUUCAUGAAAGCAGUAUUGGACAUCUACAAGAGCAUGGUCCACAAAUGAUCUGCGAAAUUCUAUCAGGACUAGAAUUUCUUCAUAGUAAAGGAAUAUUGCACAGAGAUCUAAAACCAUCAAACGUCCUGGUUGAUGUCGAAGGUCGCAUGAAAUUGGCCGACUUUGGAAUAAGCCGCGUUCUAAAGGACGGUAAAUCCACACUUAAAACGUAUGCCAAAGGAACUCCGGGCUGGAUGCCGCCGGAAGUAAUUGAGGCCAUAGAUAGAAACGAAGAAGGUGCUUUCAAAAGAAAAUCUGACGUCUUUGUUGUGGGUAUGAUUGCUUUCUUCAUCUUAACCAAAGGUGAACACCCUUUCGGUUCUUCGUUAGAUCAAAUGGGAAAUAUUAUGAAAGGAGACGUUGUAAAUGCCAAGAAACUUACUGAUCCUAAUGCUCGAAAGUUUGUGUCGUGGUUGAUCAAUCACAGGAUUGAUGAUAGACCUUAUGCACACGACGCGCUGAGGGAUCCUUUCGCUAACAGAGACUGAUAAAAAUCGAAGAAGUGCAUGAUGAAAAUAGUACAAACAAGCCAACAAUGAAAUAAUUUGUUCAUCAAAUGUGUAUAGAGAUCAAUUGAAAAUGACACGUUUUUAAUACACAAAAACACACAGCGAGCAACAAAAAUCGAAAUUUUGUGCAUCAAGACAUAAAAAUAUCUAUCACAGUUCAGUUUCUUUGAAAUUUCGUUCAAUAGAGGUUGUAUAUUCUUCUCGAAUGAUUUGAAAUGUGCCGAAUGCAAAAAUUUCUUGAAUUUGAGACAUGUGUUUUGAAUCUCAAUCCUAUAUUUCCUAGCCAUCUUGAAAAAAUGUAAACAGAUUGCCGCGCCAAAAUGA